UAAGGAGACUCAACCCUAACUAGGUAUCAGUAUUUAUUUUCAAAGAGGUUGAAAACAAAGGUGUGUGAAGACGAGGAGUGAGGGAGGGAGUAGAAGAGGAUAGAGGGUAAGAGAAAGAGAGAGAGGGAGAAUUUAACCUGUGUGUGGGGGUAGGCGUGUCAUCACAGCAUCCUAACACUGAUCCUGCUGCCGAACACCAGCUGACCGGAUAAAUGUCUUCAUCAAAGGGUCACUGAAUCGAUGACAUCCUGAUACUGGUUUAACUACACCAGCAGAACCUUCUGAAGUGAGUUGAAGUGUUGGAGCAGAAAAUCAUUUUUGAACAUGGAGCUGUGGAAUACUACAGAUGAGCCUGAAACGCCAUUCUCACUUCUGUCUAACUGCACGAUAGACACCAGCUACCGCUUCACCUUCUAUCAAGUGUCUUACAGCGUCAUCUUCCUGUUGGGGUUAGCAACUAACAGCCUAGCUCUGCACAGAUUGCGUCAGUCUUCCUGCGCAAUGAGCAGCACCGCCAUCUACAUGGUCAGCCUGUCUGCUGCUGAUAUGUUCUUUGUAAUCUCUCUGCCUCUAAGAAUCUACUACUACAACCAGAAGGCUAAAGACCCCUUCAGCUGGACUCCUGGAAUAGCUUACUGCUACCUCACCUUCAUUCUCAAAUACAUCAGCCUGUAUGGAGGCAUCUUCUUCCUGGUGUGCAUUGCUGUGGACCGUUACUUAGCUGUAGUGCACCCGCUGGUGACUAUGCAUAGCAGACAGCUUGUUGCACAGCUGCUGAGUGGGGGAAUCUGGUGCCUGGUGCUGGGCCUGAGUAUAGGUCUGCCUCUGCUGCGCUCUGCAGCUGCUCAACAACAUCAGCCCUGCCUGCUGGAUCCGUCCUCUCACCGCCACCGCACCAUCAUCCUGGUAGCUCUUUGCUUAGUGUGUGGGUCAUUUCUGCUGCCAACAGUGGUUCUUCUUUACAGCUACUGCCGAGUGCUGAGUGUGCUCCGCCAGCCAAGACACCGCUCCCGCAGCAAGCGCCACAGCCGAAAACACACGCUCAGACUUAUUUACCGUGUGCUGGGUGUCUUCCUGCUCUGCUUUGUCCCUUAUCAUAUCAACCUCCUGGGAUACACACUCACACAUGUGGGGCUGCUGCCACACUGUGGUCUUGCAAAGGUGACCAGGGCUGUGCACCCUGUGGUGCUAUCUCUAGCAAGCUCUAACUGCUGCCUCAACCCACUCAUCUACUAUUUUUCCAGCAGCCUGGUGCACAGAGAGGCGCUUGGAGGUGGAGGCAGUAGCAGACAUUGACCCAGAUCAUUUGACCCAGAUCAUUUGACCCAGUUCUUUAAAAAAUAAAUAAAUAAAUAAAUAAAAAAAAUAAAAAAAAAGGGAACGAUGUAACCAUACCUUACAGAAACUACAGCACUAUAAUGUACCUCUCGUAAAAUUUACAUACUGUGUAAAUUUCUUCAAAGUUAGAGCAUGGUGUGUGUUUGAGACAUCAUUUACAUUCAUUGAAAGGGUUCAAUAUGUUCACUUAAGCCCACAGCAGUGGUAACACAUGAAGCAGUCUGAGGUUCAGCGCUAUGCAUAGAAGCAUUUAUUUCAAUUCAGAUAUUUUUGUCAGGACUCUAAUGUGUGUGAAAUGCAAUGAAUUUUAAAAGUAGUCCAAAUAAUCUACAGGAAAGUUUUUCUUCUAAUGUGUAUGUAAUGCUAUAUAAAGCUUAUUUCACAGCA